AUGAUGAAUAAUCUGAUUUUCAUGUCAUUCUUCGCAAGGUCAACAAAUUUAUCUUACAAUGAACGUUUAACAGAACUGAUGUAUCCUGCUGAUCUUUCUAUCAGAGCUAAAGUUGACGCAAUCUUAGAUUGGCACCAUUCGAACCUAAGGCUAGGAGCAGCCUCCAUCAUUGUGAACAGCAUAGCAGGACCAGCACUUGGCCUUCCAUUGAAUCCAAAAGCAGCAAAGGAAGCUGAGAAAAUUUUGGGCUCAUCUCUUGCAAAAAUUGAGACAAUUUGGCUCAAAGGAAAUGCAAAAUUUUUGCUAGGUAGUUCUCAGCCAUCUAUUGCAGAUCUCAGUCUUGUUUGUGAGAUAAUGCAACUGGAGAUUUUGGAUGAGAAAGAUCAUGAGAGAAUAUUAGACCGCCAUGGAAGAAUUCUGGAAUGAGUUGGAAAUGUGAAAGCUGCAACAAGUCCUCAUUUUGAAGAAGUACAUGCAGUCCUUUAUAGACUUAAAGCGAAGUUGCAAAGACAAAGAUCAUCAGUGAGUGAUAAGAUUAUGACAUCCUUCACAGAAGGCAAACUUCCAUCAAAGCUUUAACAUUUUCUGUCAAAUUAAUUUCUUGCAAUGUAUUAUUGAUGAUGGUAU